GCGCGGCGCGGAGGGGGAGGGCCCGCCGGGGCAGGAAUGCGCGGCGGGCGGCGCAGGAGGCGAGUGGAGGAACAUGUAAGGGCACAUCCCUCGAGCUGCCGCCCAGCGCGCAGGCAGAGCCCAGCGGAGCGAGCGGGCGAGCGUGGUGCCAGUGCGCAGCCGGGCUCUCGGACCGGGAAGCCACCGGGGCACCGGGCAGUGGCCGGGCGGGGCAGCUCGCGCGGGGCGGCGGAGGGGCCGGAGCGGGGCUGCGGGCGCCGAGCGGACGGCGGUGGCCCGAGGACUGCGCGGCGGGCGCACCGGACGGCCGGGGCGCAGGUGGCAGGGCGCGCGGCCAGCCGGCCCCGGGCGCCAGAAUCCGGCGCUGCCGAGCCGGGGAGGGCGCAGCGCCCACCGCAGCCUGCAGUUUUCCCGGGACGUCUGGGCGCCCAUGACGGCGGCGGCGACUGUGCUCAAGGAGGGCGUGCUGGAGAAGCGCAGCGGCGGGCUGCUGCAGCUGUGGAAGCGGAAGCGCUGUGUGCUCACCGAGCGCGGGCUGCAGCUCUUCGAGGCCAAGGGCACCGGCGGCCGGCCCAAGGAGCUCAGCUUCGCCCGCAUCAAGGCCGUGGAAUGCGUGGAGAGCACCGGGCGCCACAUCUAUUUCACGCUGGUGACCGAGGGAGGCGGCGAGAUCGACUUCCGCUGCCCCCUCGAGGAUCCCGGCUGGAACGCCCAGAUCACCCUGGGCCUGGUCAAGUUCAAGAACCAGCAGGCAAUCCAGACUGUGCGGGCCAGGCAGAGCCUCGGGGCCGGGACCCUCGUGUCCUAAACCGCACAACUUGCCAUCUUACCUUCAUGCUCCGCACCCUCCCCACCACGUGGUGUACGGAGGUCAAGUCAGCUCUCCUGCCCCUUUUGGCUCAUGGGAGCAGGACUGUGCUCCAUAUGUCGAGGCGGAAGCCAUGGUCACGUGGAGGAGACGCUGGAGCUGAAGGAAUGGAUGGGGCCCGGGGAGGAGGGCAGAAGGCCAUGUGGGGCUGAGGAUGAAGAUUCAGCCCCUGGACACUCUCAGAGUCUCCGGACAUUCCCAGCUCAGGGCUUUGCAGCCACAGCCUGACGUACAGAUGGUGAUGGAGAGCUGGCAUCCAAGCACCCUCCCCUCGGCGGCCCCGUCAUCUGGUCGCAGACUGUUGUUAGUCCCCAGCUUGUGCCGUGCCGCGAGGAGGACAUUUCCCCAUGGGGUGCCAAGCCAGUGCCUCAGGACUCAGGAGGCCAGGCUGGUACCCCGGGGAGGAACCAGCCUGGCAUCACUUCUGGAUUCACCUUGGUGGGGGGAGCUGAUGGGCCCUGAGGCCCACACUUGAGGGUCUCCUGCUGCUUAGGUCCUUCUGGGACCCCCACCCAUCCAGGCCUUCUCUUUGCACACUUCGCCCCCCACCUCUUGCCCAUCUUCCCCCCCACUGUGGUGCUAGGCCUGGAGGUGGUGGGGGUGGGGUGGGGGUUUGGCCAUUACCAUUUCAUGCCUAUCCCAAAAUGAAGAGUCCCCGCAAAGGGCAGUGACCACACCGUUUGCUGAAUGGAGUUCUUUGCCCACAAAGACCCAGUGCUUGGAGCAUCCCUCUCCUACCCCUGCUUCUCCACUCCAUAACCCAUUCUGAGAUCUCCGGCCUGGGUGGGGAGAGACACUGCAGCCCUAGGAGGCACGACCUCAGUGGUCCUAGGAAGGAGGGACCGUAAGGCCUGGACUGAGGGAUGUUCUACUGGCCAACUCAGUCUAUGUAGCUGCUUUUCCAGAAGGCCAUGCCGCCCCUGCCAUCCUGGGAGGUGGCUCAGCUUUCUGAGCAGAGUUGGCCUCCCUGUCAUUUACAUACUCAGGCUUCACACAUUUAUGCAGUAAGUAUUCCUUGCUGGAUGGUUUAAAAGGAAUGAUUACAGCACGGGAAAAGCUGAAGUACAGAGAAAUAGCUGCCUGAGUUACACAGAAAUUCAUCGGGUAACCCUCGAGAUCUUCCCAUGUUGUGGUCAGCAGUUUACUCUGCCCUCCUUUCCUCCAUUGCCCACCACGUCUGGCCUUCCCUGUGGCAAAGCAGUGGCCUACUUCAGAGUCUCCAGAAGGAACGAGGGGGCUGUGUGGCCCCCUUCAACAAUUUGAAGUCUCUUUAAUAACCUCUUUGUGCUUCUGACCUGUUUUGUUCCCCAUCAGAUUUCUCCUACUGUCCAGCCAAGACCUCCCCAUCCUAUGUCCCAGUACCUUAGAGUCCUCGGGAGUGCCUUGUUCAUCUGCUACGAGCACCGCAUCUCACAAGGGACAAAGAACUUACAAAUUACAAGAGAGUUUUGACAAAUAUCUCAUUUAUUACCUCA